AUGAGCAGGCUGGGGCUGCAGCGAGACCUGCAGGAGGCUGCCUCCCUGGAGCGGCGGCGGCAGCGGGAGCUGCAGCGGCAGAGCCGCAUCUUCAACGCGCGAGUCCGGACCAUAGGGGUUGAUAAAGAUGCAUUGGAUACCCAGGUCAAGGAUAGGAAAAUUCAAGAAGCAGCUGAAAAAGCACGAAAUGAAGAACUUGCUAAUGAAAUGAAGGAAAAUGACAAGAUCAUGUGUAUGUUAGAAGAAGGACAGAAAAAUGAUAUCAGAAACAUAAAUAAGGCUAUCAGUGAAUUUCAGAAGAAUUUUCAGAAGCCAGAAACAAGACGUGAAUUUGACCUGUCUGAUCCACAAGCUCUAAAGAAGGAUAGACCUGCUCGACUUUCAGACGAUGAUCCUCGAUGUACUAUAUCUGGCUUGCAGAAGUUUAUGGGUGAAGACUUAAACUAUGAUCAAAGGAUGAAAUUUCAAAAGGAGCAGUUAAGAGAGUGGUCUCUUCAGCAACAGAGAGACUGGAAGAAUCAAUUAGCUGAUCAAAAAUUUGCAGAUGAUCUGUAUGACAAGAAUAGGAUUGAACUUGACCAAAAGACUAUGGAGCAACAACGAAAAGAAGAAGAAAACAGGCGUGCUCUUUGUGCAGCUACUAAAGAUUUCAAUAGAACCCAGGCUGCUGAACUAGCUGAGAGAAAGAAGUUGGAAAAGUAUCAAAGAAUAAAAGAUGACAUGGAUGAAAUUUCCAACCUCCUUCAAGGAGACUUACUUUCCGAAAACCCUGAACAAGCAGUCAGUUCCUUUGGUAGACAUCGUGUGAUCACAGAUCGAUGGAAGGGAAUGAAUCAGGAUCAGCUGAUGGCAAUCCGUUACUCUCAACAGCAACAAGUUCUAGAGAAACUGAGACUAAAAGAGGAAGAACGCCGAAGAGAUGCUGAAUGGGACAGGCAAACUAUACAGGCUGCAAAAGCGCAGUUGCUUUUAGAGCGGCAUCAACAGCGACUGAAUCGGGAACGCCGCCGAGCUUUAGAUAACAUAAACGCAGAGCUAUCUCAGGAGCAGAAAUCAAAGAACAUUCAUCUUAAAGAAGAGGCAUACUCAAAUUUUCCAACAGGCCAGUAUUACGCACAGUUUAAUACAACCAGCCGAUGACAUUCUGGAUAAAUCAACCUGAAACAUACAGAAGUAUGUAGACAUAUUAAAAUUUUUAAUUAAGCAAU